AUGCAAAAAGUUUCAUAUAUGACGACUAUCAAUGCGUCCCCGACGAACAAAUCAGUCAUCAUUGAAACAAUGAAGCAGGCAUUGCAGGUAGCGGACGAGUGUGGACAAGAAUACAUUCAACUAACUUACGAUCUUGCGAUUACAAAAAUUGCUCUGCAAAUUCAAUCAUUGGAGAGGCCUCGUUUCGAUCGAUUGUUCAUUCAUUUUGGUGCAUUCCACAUCGACCUUGCUUACUUCAAAGCUGUGGGAAAAUAUAUCGAAAAUUGUGGCAUUACUAACAUCAUGAUCGACAGCGGAAUUAUUGCAGGAGGUUCUCUGUCGGGGUUCAUUUCAGGAAAACACUAUAACAGGUGCAAGAGAAUGCAUACUAUUCUGUCUCUCGUUUUACAGAUUUUAAAUUGGCAACAAUUUUUGAAGACUUAUAACAUUGAAGUUUCAGAAGGUUCCGAAAUUUAUCGAGCUCUUUCACAAAUUCGACAACUUUCUCCAGGUCACGCAAACUCACUCGAGGAAGAAAUUCGAGCAAACGGCAUUGGUGUGCGACGAACACCUAAACCACAUUCGACUCAACCAAUUGAUUUGAUUUUGGAGGAGACCAUUAACCUUGAUGCAGCUAAUUCAAUGACUGGAAUUUCUCACAUAACUAAUUCCAUUGCAGCCAGGCAAAGAUGGUGCAAGAGCCAUAGUUUCAGAACUUCAGUUAUAUCGAACAUGAUGCAGGAUCUGUCGUUGAGGCGAAAGCAGGAUGUUUCUGGUGAUUUAAAGGAAUCCUCGAUCAAAAAAAGUCAUUCUCAAAUCGAAAAACUUCUGGUUGCAAUCGAAGAAAACGUUAAUCCUUUCAAUCCGGAUGUUCCGAAAAAAUCUCUUUUCAACAUUUCCAGUGGCGAAGCAGUGUCUGAUUUGAUUUACGAAAGUUUAGUAAAUGUCGAAAAACAGGAAAUGCGUUGCGCGAAAAAUUCAUUGAGAAAUGUAGCUCCGAUAAAACCAGAUUCGAGAAACCAAUAA